AUGGGUACUACUAAUGUUGCUGCUAAACUACCUAGUACUAGAAUCGUCCGUGAAACCCCUAGCCUCCUCCGUACAUGGUGGAUGAACAAAUAUCUACAAUACGACGUUGCCAUGAGCAGUUUCAUUAUAAUAAUCAACAUCGCAGCGAUCGUGCACAUGAGAACCCACAAGAUUCCCUUUAACAACGAUAAUCUAGUUGCUUUUGUGGUGUUGUUUGGUAUGAUCUACAUCAUUAGCGGCAUAUUUACUUUCUUCUUGUGGUUUAUGGCAAUCGAGGAUGUCACAGAAUCUGAAGGAGCCUCAUACGCAGGACGAGUCGCUCACGGCUCACACCAUGGGCUUCGGUAUUUUCUUCGUACUCCUGUAUAG